CUUCAAUCCGAUUCAUGUCAUUUCGAUUCGAUUGGCCAUUCUUCUCAGAUUCAUUUUAUGAUCAAGCAAAAGAUUUAUUAUGUUCGGCUCUCAACAAAGGAGACAAACCUCCGAUUAUUGCUGAUAGAAUAGAUGUAGCUCAUUUAGAUAUGGGUACGAUCCCACCCGAUUUAGAAAUCUUAGAGAUUGGUGAUUUAGGUACAGAUCGAUUUAGAGGUAUCUUUCGUUUAACUUAUGCUGGUGAUGCUUCAAUAGGUUUACAAACUAAAAUCCAGGCAAAUCCCUUACGAUCUAAAACUUCAGCUACUUCUCCUGAUAUACUUUCAAGUCCUUCGAUCUUAUUCGCUUCAACACCUUUAAUAGUUCCCAUGAAUUUAAAACUAUCAUGUUUAAAACUUCGAGCGAUUGUAGUCUUGGUGAUUUCAAGAUUAGAAGGUGUUACAUUAGUCUUCAAGAACGAUCCAUUAGAGAGUGUACAAGUUUCAUCGACAUUUGAUUCGGUUUUGGCUAUUCAAGCUUUUGUUCAAUCUGAAAUCGAACGUCAAUUAAGAGAAUUGUUUAGGACUGAAUUACCUGGGAUCAUUCAUCAUCUUAGUCGUCGUUGGAUUAAAUCUCAAUCUAAUCUUUCAUCUACCAAUUCAUCUAAACCGAUCAAUCCAAAGCCUUCAACAACCAUUCAUUCGUCUUCUCCUCUUUUAUCUUCAAGACCUUCAUCUCUAGUCGAACCUAGAAGUCGGGACCAAUCUCCUUCACCUGCUUCGGUACCUGAUUGUGUGGAAUCUUAUGAUCCUACUUAUGGACUUAGACCAUCCCAUCCACCUCUCAUUGGAAAGUUCAAUCGGUAUCGGUCUUUGGUAGCCAAGAAAGCUAGAACUCAAGGUUUGAGUGCAGUUUUAGAAUCCGAUGAUGAUCCUCAAGACGAAAACAUCAUACCGAACCCUCCAUCUGAUCCUUCCACACCUCCCCCUCCUUACUCUCUACCACGCCUCUCUUCAAGCUCUCAAAUCGAUGGACUUGAUCAUGAUCAAGUGAUCAAUCAUUCUGCACCUAAUACGCCUACUAGAUUAACUUCGAAACCAAGAAUCUUAAGAUCACAAUCUGCACUUUUAAGUCCUCAUACAUUUCCUUCUUCGUCUUUUGGAGGAGGAGGAACAGGAGGAUCCGAUUUGGGGACCUAG